CUACUUUAGGUGAAGGGAAGGACAACUCAAUAUGGGCGGGCGAGGUCAGCACAACUGGACUAAACCAAAAGCAAAGAAGUUUCCUGAAUAAACCGAAUGCUUCGAAGGUCAGCAAAGCAGGGGCAGGGGUUUGGGGACUAUGGCUUCAGGGGAGAUCUAAGUCAACUGGCAAAAUAAAAUCUAUUAGGAAAACAUUCUGCAUCCCACUUUGGAGUGUGACGUCUGGGGUCUUAAACGCUAGCAAGCGGCCAUCUAAGAUGCAUCAAUGAGUCUCAACCCACCUGGAUCAAAGGAGAAUGAAGAACACCAAGGUCACAAGGACAGGAACCAUUCCCGAAGCCAACUCAUCAGACAUGGAUUGGACUGGACAAUGGGUUGGAGAGAGAUGCUGACGAGGAGUGAGCUACUUGCAUCAGGUCUGUCCAUUCCUCCCUGGGAGUCUACAAUGGCCACCUUCAGCCGCCAGGAAUUUUUCCAGCAACUGCUGCAGGGCUGUCUCCUGCCUACUGCCCAACAGGGCCUCGACCAGAUCUGGCUGCUCCUUGCCAUCUGCCUCGCCUGCCGGCUGCUCUGGAGGCUUGGGUUACCAUCCUACCUGAAGCAUGCAAGCACCGUGGCAGGAGGGUUUUUCAGCCUUUACCACUUCUUCCAGCUGCACAUGGUUUGGGUUGUGCUACUCAGCCUCUUGUGCUACCUCGUGCUGUUCCUCUGCCGACAUUCCUCCCAUCGCGGAGUCUUCCUUUCCGUCACCAUCCUUAUCUACUUACUCAUGGGUGAGAUGCACAUGGUGGACACCGUGACAUGGCACAAAAUGCGAGGGGCCCAGAUGAUCGUGGCCAUGAAGGCGGUGUCUCUGGGCUUUGACUUGGACCGGGGCGAGGUGGGUGUGGUGCCCUCACCUGUGGAGUUCAUGGGCUACCUCUACUUCGUGGGUACCAUCAUCUUUGGGCCCUGGAUAUCCUUCCACAGCUACCUACAGGCUGUCCAAGGCCGCCCACUGAGCUGCCGAUGGCUGCAGAAGGUGGCCUGGAGCCUGGCAUUGGCCCUGCUGUGCCUUGUGCUGUCCACCUGUGUGGGCCCCUACCUCUUCCCAUACUUCAUCCCCCUUGACGGUGAUCGUCUCCUUCAAAACAAGAAACGCAAAGCCAGGUGGCUGCGAGCCUACGAGAGUGCUGUCUCCUUCCACUUCAGCAACUAUUUUGUGGGCUUUCUGUCCGAGGCCACGGCCACGUUGGCAGGGGCUGGCUUCACCGAGGAGAAGGAUCACCUGGAAUGGGACCUGACGGUGUCCAAGCCACUGAACGUGGAGCUGCCUCGGUCUAUGGUGGAAGUUGUCACAAGCUGGAACCUGCCCAUGUCUUACUGGCUAAAUAACUACGUUUUCAAGAAUGCUCUCCGCCUGGGGACCUUCUCAGCCGUGCUGGUCACGUACGCAGCCAGUGCCCUCCUGCACGGCUUCAGCUUCCACCUGGCUGCAGUGCUGCUGUCCCUGGCGUUUAUCACUUAUGUGGAGCAUGUCCUCCGGAAGCACCUGGCUCGGAUCCUCAGUGCCUGCGUCUUGUCGAAACGAUGUCCACCAGACUGUUUGCACCAGCAUCGCUCGGGCCUGGGGGUGCGAGCCUUAAACAUGUUCUUUGGGGGCCUGGCCAUCUUCCACCUGGCCUACUUGGGCUCCCUGUUCGAUGUUGAUGUGGAUGACACCACAGAGGAGCAGGGCUACGGCAUGGCAUACACUGUCCACAAGUGGUCAGAGCUCAGCUGGGCCAGUCACUGGGUCACUUUUGGAUGCUGGAUCUUCUACCGUCUCAUAGGCUGAGGCACAUCUGUGGACCCUUGCGGCCCCCUCAAGACCCCUCCUUAGGGUGCCAGCUGAUAGGGGAUGAAGGAAGACCCUCUCUCUACCCCUUCCCCCUCUCCAUUCAUGACUCCCAGUACACCACCCCACACCACACACACACACACACACACCAUUCCCGUGCCUCCAGAUUCCCACCCCACCACAAGGCAGGGUGAGGGUAGUCCCUGAUGGGCUAUAGGGGUGGGGGAUGCUUGAGGAAGCAGAGAGGGGGGAAUUCAGGGCCUUCUCGCCUUCUCCCUUUUUUAUAUACAGUUUGUUAUUGUUGAAUAAAAGCAGAAAAGAUACAAUAGGCUCUUUCUUCACUGCUCAGAGGGGAGUAGGAGUGAGUGAGGAAGGGGAUACGAAGUGGAUAAAAGGCUUAGAAACUGGAAACCAUGAAGAGAGAGUGGUUGUGAAUGGCCAGUGGUUAAUUUAUGACUUGCAAUUGGUUCAUGAUCGGAUGAUGAGCCUGAGGAUAGCAGAGUCUUCAUCCUGAUUGAGUGAGCCAGGACAGAUUGGAUAUUUGGAUGAUGGAGGGCUGACAUUAAUUGCCUAGAAAAUGGAGGGAUCCAUAUCUGAUUGGUUCCUUUUAAUGGGGCAAAGAGAAGUGAAAGUAAGACAGAUGAAGGGUUGAUGCUUAUUGGUCCUUAUUAAUGAGGGUUCUAGGUUCUAAUUGGAUGGCAGGUCUGGGAGGGGUACUAAAGGUGUCCACACCAAUUAGACAGCCAGACUGUGGUGCCUGGGUUCUGACUGGUUCUUCAAACUUGAAGUCGGGAGAGGCAAGGAUGACUGUGGCCAUUAGGACUGAGGAUUUCUGAGAGCUGAAGGAUUUGAGGACUGAGGGAAGGCUGGAGGGGAGAAGGGGAGAAGGCAUGUACAGGAUGUCAUCUGUUAACCUGCUUGUAGUAUUAAGUUAUCUCGUCCAUUCGGCCAUCAAGACUGGGGGUUGGUCCAGGAUCCUAUUAGUUGAUCUGCCUAGAAAAUGAGAGCAGAGGUGAGAGGACACAGUGCAAUGAUGAUUCACCAGCACAUGAGGGGGAGGAUGCACAUUUUAAUGAUUCCUGGCCGGUGAAAACCUUAUGAAUAACAGAGGAACAUUGUCUGACACAGUGCCAGAAGAUGAGCCCCCCAGGUUGGAAAGCACUCAAAAUAGGACUGAGGAAGAGCUGCAUCCUCAAAAUAGAGUCAACCUUAAUGAUGUGGAUGGAAUAAAGCAUUCAGGAUCUUCAUUUGCUGAUGUGGCACAACUCAAAAUGAGAAGAAAGAGCUGCAAACUUCCUUUAAUAAUCAGAACAUGGAAUGCACGAAGUAUGAAUCUAGGAAAAUUGAAAGUUGUGAAAAAUGAAAUGGAACACUUGAAGACAGAUAUCCUAGGCAUUAGUGAGCUGAAAUGGACUGGUAUUGGCCAUUUUGAAUUGGACAAUCAUACUAUGCCAGAAAUGACAAAUUGAAGAGGAGUGAGAUUGCAUUCAUUGUCAAAAAGAACAUUUCAAGAUCUAUCCUGAAGUACAACACGGUCACUGAUAGGAUAAUAUCCAUACGCCUACACGGAAGACCAGUUAAUAUGACUAUUAUUCAAAUUUACACAUCAACUACUAAUGCCAAAGAUGAAGAAAUUGAAGAUUUUUACCAACUUCUGCAGUCUGAAAUUGAUCAAACAUGCAAUCAAGAUGCAUUGGUAAUUACUGGUGACUGAGAUGCAAAAGUUGGUAACAAAGAAGGAUUGGUAGUUGGAAAAUAUGGCUUUGUUGAUAAUUCCAGAGAUUGCAUGAUAGAAUUUUGCAAGACCAGUGACCUAUUCAAUGGAAAUACCUUUUUCAACAACAUAAAUGGUGACUACACCCAUGGACCUCAUUAGAUGGAACACACAGGAGUAAAAUCGACUACAUCUGUGGAAAGAGACAAUGGAGAAGCACAAUAUCAUUAGUCACAACAAGACCAGCGGCCAACUGCAGAACAGACCAUCAAUUGCUCAUAUGCAAGUUCAAGCUGAAGCUGAAGAAAAUUAAAGCAAGUCCACGAGAGCCAAAAUACGACCUUGAGUAUAUGCCACCUGAAUUUAGAGACCAUCUCAAGAAUAGAUUUGAUGCAUUGAACACUAACCACCGAAGACCAGACAAGUUGUGGGAUGACAUCAUACAUGAGGAAUGUGAAAGGUCUUUAAAAAGGCAAGAACAAAAGAAAAGACCAAAAUAGAUGUCAGAAGAUACUCUGCAAAUUGCUCUUGAAUGCUAAAGCAAAUGGAAGAAGCUGAAUAGAAGAUAUGAAAGGGUGGCUCGAGAAGACAAAGUAUUAUAAUGAAAUGUGUAAAGACCAGGAGUUAGAAAAUCAGAAGGGAAGAACAUGAUUGGCAAUUCUCAAGAUGAAAGAACUGAAAAAAAAUUUCAAGCCUUGAGUUGCAAUAUUGAUGUAUCCUAUGUGCAAAAUAUUGAACGACCCAGGAAGCAUCAAAAGAAGAUGGAAGGGGAGGUGGGGCCAAGAUUGUGCAAUAGUCAGGUGCUUCCAGUGAUCCCUCUUACAACAAACACUUGAAAAAAGCCAGUGAAAUGAUUAUAUUUAUGACAAGCUAGGAGCCCUGAACAUCAAAGGCAAAGUUAGAAAAUGGACUGAGCAUCAGGGGGAGGGAGAGACCUUUCAGAAGCGGAGAGGAGUUACCAGACCUGAAUCGCCGGGGACCCUCAAGCACCGUUCCCUGGAGAGACUGCGGCAGAGCGCUAGACAGUUUCCUGAGGGAGAGACAGCCAGCCUCACAGAUUACUCACACCACCAGAACCAGAGAAGAACGGCGCUCUCAGCAAAAGCUAAGUUCUUGCAUAUAUUUUACCGUGCCCCCAACCCCCAAGCAGGCUUAAGUGGCUGUCGAUUUCCCUGGGCUUUGCUGAGGGCUCUGAGCCAUACGCUCGGCCUUGGAGAAGGAAUAAAUUUACAACUGGGGGAAAAGAUAAUUUGCCAGCUCUGCUAACCAGGGAAGCCCAGGACAGAAGCGGCUCCUAUCCAGGCAUAAACAGGCUGUGGACUUUGAAUAGCUUGCACCCCUGC